AUGAUUGGCUAUAAUAAAAAUUAUGUUCUACCUUGUGACGACACAGUUGAAGAAUUUGAAGUUUCUGUUGACGUGGCAGCAGUUGGAUCAACAACAGUAGCUGGUGUUGGCGAGAUAUCUUUCGAUGCUAAAACAAAUGAUGUAAAAUAUGGGAAUUUUUUAAAAGUUCAUCAAGUUUGUUUCUUUCUAGUCAUAGUGGAUUGGUAAAUAUACAAAUUAGGCUAUAUUUUCUUAAUACCACCGCUAUACAGUACAUAUGCAUUGCAGAACUUAGGAUAAUUGACAUGCACAGUUACUAAUCGAGCCCUGGCAUGUUCAAUAAUAGAACAAAUGUAACCAAGCACAAAAUUGUAACCGAGUUAUCUACUCGUGUGAUGGUUUUGUCAUUUUGUUAAUUUUUUUUGUAUUGUAUGAAUUGUACAGUUAUUCGAUCUAUAGUUGUACAAACUUGUGCUAAAUUUGACUCGUUAAAGGAAGCCGGGGAAGCGUAGCAACGUGGAAGAGUUGGAGUGGCAAAGGUGAUGGUUACUUGCUAUAGAACCUUGGGUUGUGGAAAGAAGGCGAAGGUAGCAAUGCCUAGCCGAUGAUGGAGACACAAGAAUACCAACCUCUGUGUGAUUCUUAUAUUAGUUGUAUUUAAUUUAGCACUUAUUUCAAUUUUUCUUUCAAGUUUUCUUGCACAUCAACCUCUUGAAACGUCACGCCGAUCCAAAGGCUGGCUAGAGCUGUUUUUUCGUAUAUCUUCAAUGGUAUUGUGCAUUGUAUUCGCAUGUAGGAAUAUCACGAUUCGCUAUAAUAAAAAUUAUGUUUUACCUUGUGACGACACAGUCGAAGAAUUUGAAGUUUCUGUUGACGUGGUAGCAGUUGGAUCAACAACAGUAGCUGGGGUUGGCGAGAUAUCUUUCGGUGCUAAAACGAAUGAUGUAAAAUAUGGGAAAUUUUUAAAAGUUCUGCAGCAAGUUUGUUUCUUUCUAGUCAUAGUGUAUUGGUAAAUAUACAAAUUAGGCUAUAAUUUCUUAAUACCACCGCCAUACAGUACAUAUGCAUUGCAGAACUUUGGAUAAUUGACAUGCACAGUUAAUAAUCGAUCCCUGACUUGUUUAAUAAUAGAACAAAUGUAACCAAGCACAAUAUUUGUAACCGAGUUAUCUACUCGUGUGCUGGUUUUCGUAUUUUGUUAAUUUUUUUGUAUUUUAUGAAUUCUACAGUUGUUCGAUCUAUAGUUAUACAAAGCUUGUGCUAAAUUGAACUCGUAUAAGGAAGGCAGGCAUGCGUUGCGACGUGGACGAGUUGGAAUGGUAAAGGUGGUCGUUACUCGUUAUAGAAACUUGUGUUGUGGGAAGAAGGCGAAGGUAGCAAUGCCUAGCCGAUGACGGAGAUUCAAGAAUACCAAGCUCUGUGUGAUUCUUAUAUUAGUUGUAUUUAAUUUAGCACUUAUUUCAAUUUUUCUUUUAAGUUUUCUUGUACGUCAACCUCUUGAAACGUCACGCCGAUCUAAAGGCGGGCUAGAGCUGUUUUGUCGUAUAUCUUCAAUGGUAUCGUGCAUUGUAUUCGCAUGUAGGAAGAUCACGAUUCGCUAUAAUAAAAAUUAUGUUCUACCUUGUGACGUCACAGUCGAAGAAUUUGAAGUUUCUGUUGACGUGGCAGCAGUUGGAUCAACAACAGUAGCUGGUGUUGGCGAGAUAUCUUUCCGAAAAAUCUGUUAUGCCACCUUUAUAAAACGUCCGCCAUGCAGGUUUGAGCGCAUAAUGCAUUGUGGUUGACAACCUCCCCCCUGACAACCCAAACAGUAAAUGAGGCUAGGUCGUCAAGCAGACACGGCAGUAAUUAUCGGGCUUUCUAAGUUCCAUAGAAUUUGGGUUUCGAAACAUUUUGUUAAAAAUCCAUUCCCGAUUGAAGUAUUCGUGUCGCCGAUUUGAGAACGGGAAUCGUUAACCUUUGCAUCGAUUCCUAUCGCCUACGAUGACAGUCGCAGGCACACAGUGUAAAGUCGCCCAAAAAUAAAAGAUGAUCAAACACAAGCAAAUUAGCCAAGUAGAUAUAAUUUUAAAAUAUACAUUACAAAUUUUACUGUGUAGUAUAUUCUAUAAUUACAUAUUUACUAUAUACUAAUACGUACACGGCUGGGCGGCCUGUUGUGCAUGUCAAUUAACCAAAGGUCUGCAAUGCAUAGGAAAUAUAUAGCGGUAAUAUUAAGAAAAAUUAGCCUAAUCUGUACAUUUACCCAUUCACUAUGAUAACAGAUCAGAGAAACAACCUUGAUGAAAUUUCAAAAAUUUCCCAUAUUUUACAUUAUUCGUUUUAGCACCGAAAGACAUCCCGCCAACACCAGCUGCAGAUCCAACUGCUCCAACGUCGACACAAAUUUUAACUGCUUCAAAUGUGACGUUACACGGUAGAACAUAAUUCUUAUUUUAGCCAAUUGUGAUCUUCCAACAUGCGAUUACGAUGCGCGAUACCUUUAAGAAUAUGCGACAAAAUUAAUGAAUUAUUGACUUUUCACGUAGUUAUGCUUCCCUUCAAUCCGGAAAUAAAUAGCCGGAAGGAAUUAAGAACCUUGUCCAGAAAAAAUCUAGCCCGCCCUUGGCUCGGUGUCACGUUUCAAGUCGUCAACUUGGGCGCUACCAUCCCAUACGAAAAAUUAGCCUAAUUUCUAUAUUCUCUGAUUCAUUAUGAUUAGAGAGAAACAAUCUUGAUGAAAUUACAAAAAUUUCACACAUUCUACAUCAUCCGUUUUAGCACCGAAAAAUAUCUCGCCAGCAACAGCCCCUGUUGUUGAUUCAACUGCUGCCACGUCAACAGAAACUUCAACUGCUUCAACUGUGUCGUCGUCACAAGGUAGGACAUAAUUUUAAUUAUAGCCAAGCAUGCAUAUGAUCUUCCUCCAUGCGAUUACAAUGUACGAUACCAUUGAAGAUAUGCGACAGUAUUUUUGGCUUUUCACGCCGUUAUGCUUCCCUUCAACCCGGAAAUAAAUAGCCGGAAGGAAUUAAGAACCUUGUCCUGAGGACCAAGAAUGACCUAAGCCGCCUUUGGCCAGGUGAGACGUUUCAAGUCGUCGACGUGGGCGCUACCAUCCCAGAUUAACCGUGACAAUGCAAGAAAUCUUAAAAGAAAAAUUGGAAUAAGUGCCAAACUAAAUACAAUUAAUAUAAGAAUCACAAAGAGUUUGGUACCCCUGAUGCUCCGUCAUCGGCUAGACAUUGCUACCUUCGCCUUCUUCCCACAACACAAGUUUCUAUAACGAGUAACGACCACCUUUACCAUUCCAACUCGUCCACGUCGCAACGCAUGCCUGCCUUCCUUAUACGAGUUCAAUUUAGCACAAGCUUUGUAUAACUAUAGAUCGAACAACUGUAGAAUUCAUAAAAUACAAAAAAAUUAACAAAAUACGAAAACCAGCACACGAGUAGAUAACUCGGUUACAAAUAUUGUGCUUGGUUACAUUUGUUCUAUUAUUAAACAAGUCAGGGAUCGAUUAUUAACUGUGCAUGUCAAUUAUCCAAAGUUCUGCAAUGCAUAUGUACUGUAUGGCGGUGGUAUUAAGAAAAUAUAGCCUAAUUUGUAUAUUUACCAAUCCACUAUGACUAGAAAGAAAUUAACUUGCUGAACUUUUAAAAAUUUCCCAUAUUUUACAUCAUUUAAUUUGUUUUAGCACCGAAAGAUAUCUCGCCAACACCAGCUACUGUUGUUGAUCCAACUGCUGCCACGUCAACAGAAACUUCAAAUUCUUCGACUGUGACGUCACAAGGUAGAACAUAAUUUUUAUUAUAGCGAAUCGUGAUCUUCCUACAUGCGAAUACAAUGCACGAUACCAUUGAAGAUAUACGACAAAACAGCUCUAGCCCGCCUUUGGAUCGGCGUGACGUUUCAAGAGGUUGACGUACAAGAAAACUUAAAAGAAAAAUUGAAAUAAGUGCUAAAUUAAAUACAACUAAUAUAAGAAUCACACAGAGCUUGGUAUUCUUGAAUCUCCGUCAUCGGCUAGGCAUUGCUACCUUCGCCUUCUUCCCACAACACAAGUUUCUAUAACGAGUAACGACCACCUUUACCAUUCCAACUCGUCCACGUCGCAACGCAUGCCUGCCUUCCUUAUACGAGUUCAAUUUAGCACAAGCUUUGUAUAACUAUAGAUCGAACAACUGUAGAAUUCAUAAAAUACAAAAAAAUUAACAAAAUACGAAAACCAGCACACGAGUAGAUAACUCGGUUACAAAUAUUGUGCUUGGUUACAUUUGUUCUAUUAUUAAACAAGUCAGGGAUCGAUUAUUAACUGUGCAUGUCAAUUAUCCAAAGUUCUGCAAUGCAUAUGUACUGUAUGGCGGUGGUAUUAAGAAAUUAUAGCCUAAUUUGUAUAUUUACCAAUACACUAUGACUAGAAAGAAACAAACUUGCUGCAGAACUUUUAAAAAUUUCCCAUAUUUUACAUCAUUCGUUUUAGCACCGAAAGAUAUCUCGCCAACCCCAGCUACUGUUGUUGAUCCAACUGCUACCACGUCAACAGAAACUUCAAAUUCUUCGACUGUGUCGUCACAAGGUAAAACAUAAUUUUUAUUAUAGCGAAUCGUGAUAUUCCUACAUGCGAAUACAAUGCACAAUACCAUUGAAGAUAUACGAAAAAACAGCUCUAGCCAGCCUUUGGAUCGGCGUGACGUUUCAAGAGGUUGAUGUGCAAGAAAACUUGAAAGAAAAAUUGAAAUAAGUGCUAAAUUAAAUACAACUAAUAUAAGAAUCACACAGAGGUUGGUAUUCUUGUGUCUCCAUCAUCGGCUAGGCAUUGCUACCUUCGCCUUCUUUCCACAACCCAAGGUUCUAUAGCAAGUAACCAUCACCUUUGCCACUCCAACUCUUCCACGUUGCUACGCUUCCCCGGCUUCCUUUAACGAGUCAAAUUUAGCACAAGUUUGUACAACUAUAGAUCGAAUAACUGUACAAUUUAUACAAUACAAAAAAAAUUAACAAAACGACAAAACCAUCACACGAGUAGAUAACUCGGUUACAAUUUUGUCCUUGGUUACAUUUGUUCUAUUAUUGAACAUGCCAGGGCUCGAUUAGUAACUGUGCAUGUCAAUUAUCCAAAGUUCUGCAAUGCAUAUGUACUGUAUAGCGGUGGUAUUAAGAAAAUAUAGCCUAAUUUGUAUAUUUACCAAUCCACUAUGACUAGAAAGAAACAAACUUGAUGAACUUUUAAAAAUUUCCCAUAUUUUACAUCAUUUGUUUUAGCAUCGAAAGAUAUCUCGCCAACACCAGCUACUGUUGUUGAUCCAACUGCUGCCACGUCAACAGAAACUUCAAAUUCUUCAACUGUGUCGUCACAAGGUAGAAUAUAAUUUUUAUUAUAGCCAAUCAUGAUCUUCCUACAUGCGAAUACAAUGCACGAUACCAUUGAAGAUAUACGACAGAAUUUUUUUACUUUUCACACCGUUAUGCUUCCAUUCAAUUCGGAUGUAAAUAGCCGGAAGGAAUUAAGAACCUUGGCCCACGAGCCCAAAACAGCUCUAGCCCGCCUUUGGAUCGGCGUGGCGAUUCAAGACGUUGACAUGGGCGCUGCCAUCCCUGAUUAAUCGUGAGAAUGGAAGAAAACUUAAAAGAAAAAUUGAAAUAAGUGCUAAACUAAAUUCCAAUAACAUAAGAAUCACACAGAGUUUGGUAUUCUUGAAUCUCCGAAGUUGGUAUUCUUGAAUCUCCGUCAUCGGCUAGGCAUUGCUACAUUCGCCUUCUUUCCACAACCCAAGUUUCUAUAGCAAGUAACCACCACCUUUGCCAUUCCAACUCUUCCACGUUGCUACGCUUCCCCGGCUUAAUUUUACGAGUCCAAUUUAGCACAAGUUUGUACAACUAUAGAUCGAGUAGCUGUACAAUUCAUACAAUACAAAAAAAAAUUAACAAAAUGACAAAACCAUCACACGAGUAGAUAACUCGGUUACAAAUUUUGGGCUUGGUUACAUUUGUUCUAUUAUUAAACAUGCGAAGGCUCGAUUAGUAACUGUGCAUGUCAAUUAUGCAAAGUUCUGCUAUACAUAUGUACUGUAUAGCGGUGGUAUUAAGAAAAAUUAGCCUAAUUUGUAUAUUUACCCAUUCAUUAUGAUUAGAGAGAAACAACCUUGAUGAAUUUUUAAAAAAAUUCCCAUAUUUUACAUCAUUUGUUUUAGCACCGAAAGAUAUCUCGCCAACAACAGCUACUCUUGUUGAUCCAACUGCUGCUACGUUAACACAAAGUUUAACUGCUUCAACUGUGUCAUCACAAGGUAGAACAUAAUUUUAAUUAUAGCCAAUCAUGAUCUUCCUACAUGCGAUUACAAUGUACGAUACCAUAGAAGAUAUGCCACAGCGUUUUUGACUUUUCACGCCGUUAUAGCUCCCUUCAACCCGAACGACAAUAGCUGGAAGGAAUUAAGAACCUUGUCCGAAGGGCUCAGAACAGCUCUAGCCCGCCUUUGGAUCGGCGUGACGAUUCAAGACGUUGACGUGGGCGCUGGCAUCCCUGAUUAAUCGUGAGAAUGGAAGAAAACUUAAAAGAAAAAUUGAAAUAAGUGCUAAACUAAAUUCCAAUAACAUAAGAAUCACACAGAGUUUGGUAUUCCUGAUCUCCGUCAUCGGCUGGGCAUUGCUACCUUCGGUUUCUUCUUACAACCCAAGUUUCUAUAGCAAGUAAACACCACCUUUGCCAUUCCAACUCAUCCACGUUGCAAAGCUUCCCCAGCUUCCUUUUGCGAGUCCUAUUUAGCACAAGUUUGUAAAACUAUAGAUCGAUCGCGAAUAACUGUACAAUUCAUAGGACACAAAAAAAAUUAACAAAAUGUCAAGACCAUCACACGAGUAGAUAACUCAGUUACAAAUUUUGUGCUUGGUUACAUUUGUUCUAUUAUUAAACAUGCCAGGGCUCGAUUACGAGCUGUGCAUGUCAAUUAUCCAAAGUUCUGCAAUGCAUAUAUGUUUUAAAAUUUCCCAUAUUUUACAUCAUUUGUUUUAGCACCGAAAGAUAUCUCGCCAACACCGGCUACUGUUGUUGAUCCAAAUGCUGCCACGUCAGCAGAAACUUCAAAUUCUUCAACUGUGUCGUCACAAGGUAGAACAUAAUUUUUAUAAUAGCCAAUCAUGAUCUUCCUAAAUGGGAUUACAAUGUACUAUACCAUUGAUGAUAUGCGACAGAAUUUUUACUUUCCUCGCCGUUAUGCUUCCCUUCAACCCGUAAAUAAAUAGCCGGAAGGAAUUAAGAACCUUGUCCAGAGGGCCAAGAAUGGCCUAAGCCGCCUUUGGCCUGGUGAGACGUUUCAAGUCGUCGACAUGGGCGCUACCAUCUCAGAUUAACCGAGACCAUGCAAGAAAACUUAAAAGAAAAAUUGGAAUAAGUGCUAAAUUAAAUACAACUAAUAUAAGAAUCACACAGAGUUUGGUACACCUGAUGCUCCGUCAUCGGCUAGACAUUGCUACCUUCGCCUUCUUCCCACAACCCAAGUUUCUUUAACGAGUAACCACCACCUUUACCAUUCCAACUCGUCAACAUCGCUACGGUUUCCCGUCUUCCUUAUGCGAGUGCAAUUCAGCCCAAGCUUUGUAUAACUAUAGAUGGAAUAACUGCAGAAUUCAUACAAUACAAAAAAAAAUUAACAAAAUAUCAAAACCAUCACACGAGUAGAUAACUCGACUACUAAUUUUGUGCUUGGCUACAUUUGUUCUAUUAUUGAACAUGCCAGGGCUCGAUUAAUAACUGUGCAUGUCAAUUAUCCCAAGUUCUGCAAUACAUAAGUACUGUAUAGCGGUGGUAUUAAGAAAAUAUAGCCUAAUUUGUAUAUUUACCAAUCCACUAUGACUAGAAAAAAACAAACUUGAUGAACUUUUAAAAAUUUCCCAUAUUUUACAUAAUUUGUUUUAGCACCGAAAGAUAUCUCGCCAACACCGGCUACUGUUGUUGAUCCAACUGCUGCCACGUCAACAGAAACUUCAAAUUCUUUAACUGUGUCGUCACAAGGUAGAACAUAAUUUUUAUAAUAGCCAAUCAUGAUCUUCCUACAUGCGAUUACAAUGUACGAUACCAUUGAUGAUAUGCGACAGAAUUUUUACUUUCCACGCCGUUAUGCUUCCCUUGAACCCGGAAAUAAAUAUCCGGAAAGAUUUAAAAACCUUGUUCCGAGGGCCCAGAACGGCUUAAGCCGCCUUUGGCUCCGGGUGACGUUUCAAGUCGUCGACGUGGGCCCUACCAUCUCAGAUUAACCGUGACAAUGCAAUAAAACUUAAAAGAAAAAUUGGAAUAAGUGCCAAACUAAAUACAACUAAUAUAAGAAUCACACAGAGUUUGGUAUUCCUGAUGCUCCGUCAUCGGCUGGGCAUUUCUACCUUCGCCUUCUCCUCACAAUCCAAGUUUCUAUAACAAGGAACCACCACCUUUACCAUUCCAUCUCUUCCACGUCGCUACGCUCCCCCGCCCUCUUUAUACGAGUGCAGUUUACCACAAGCUUUGUAUAACUAUAUAUAGAUCGAAUAACUGUAGAAUUCAUACAAUACAAAAAAAUUAACAAAAUGUAAAGUAGAUAACUCGGUUGCAAAUUUUGUGCUUGAUUACAUUUGUUCUAUUAUUCAACAUGACAGAGAUGGAUUAUUAACUGCAUGUGCGUGUCAAUUAUCCAUAUAGUUCUGCAAUGUAUAUGUACUGUAUAGCCUUCGCCUUCUAAACACAAUCCAAGUUUCUAUAACAAGGAACCACCGUACCACCUUUACCAUUCCAACUCUUCCACGCCGCUACGCUUGCCCGCCCUCCUUAUACGAGCGCGAUGUAGCACAAGCUUUGUAUAACUAUAGAUCGAAUAACUGUAGAAUUCAUACAAUACAAAAAAAUUACUAAAAUGUCAAAAUCAUCACACGAGUAGAUAAAUCAGUUACAAAUUUUGUUGUUGGUUACAUUUGUUCUAUUAUUAAACAUGACAGGAUCGAUUAUUAAUUGCGCGUGUCAACUAUCCAUACUUCUGCAAUGCAUAUGUACUUUAUAGGAAUUAUAGCGUUGGUAUUAAGAAAAAAUAGCUUAAUUUGUAUAUUUUCCCAUUCAUUAUGAUUAGAAAGAAACAAACUUGAUGAAAUUUCAAAAAAAUUCCCAUAUUCAAAAUCACUCGUUUUAGACGAGAAGGGUAUCUCGCCAAUACCAGCUCCUGUUGUUGAUCCAACUGCUGCCACGUCAACAGAAACUUCAACUGCUUCAACUGUGUCGUCACAAGGUAGAACACUAUUUUUAUUAUAG